AUGUCCAGAGGAGGACGAGGCGGUGGACGGGGUGGCAGAGGAGGCGCGAGAGGUGGAGGACGCCCGAAUGUGCCUUGGGACACUGGCGAUGAGCCAGACGCAAGACCAUCCGAGCUUUUCCCACCAUACACAGUCCCAACCCCGCGAGAUUUAACUGGCCCCGAAGUCAGCGCGGUUCAACACUUCCUGCUUCUACGCCACCAAAUACAUUCCUCACCACUCUAUACCUCUAAACGGACCUCCCUUCACGAUCCGACCACGCCAAGAAAGUUAUACGGUCAAGCACAGAUGAAUGCCCGAUAUGGCGUCAAAAACAAGGCUUCAGUCGAUCCUUUCACUGCCAUGCCGACAUACUCACAAAAGUUUGUUCGGGAGGAGCGAGCCCUGCCAGACUGGUCAGCCCGCCCGGUGUGCCGCGAAAUGUUUCCUGCCGAGCUAUUAGACACCGUUGAACCCGAGGAUGGCGUAGGAGUGCGCAAGAAGCGAAGGUUAGAGCUCAGCAAAGUCAGUGCCUUGCCCAACGCCGAGGAGGCGUUUGGAAUGCCCUCGCUGGAUGGUGAUGGCGACGAAGAACGGGAGGCCGGUAGCGGCACUGGGAGGAACUUAUUGGAGAAGCUCGAGGCAAUGCGUGAGGACGAAGCCGAUGAGGGCGCCGAGCUGGAAGACGAAGAGGGACUCGAAGAGGAGGAUGAGGACGAAGUUUACGAUGACGAAGAUGCUGGCGACUACGACGCUGAACAUUACUUUGAUAAUGGUGAUGAGAUGGGCGAUGAUUAUGGGGAGGGAGAUGAUGGCGAAGGGACGUAUUAG